CAUUUGUGAGAAGCAAAAAGGGAGGGGAUAGCCCCCACUCAUCCAUUCCCUUCUGCCAAUUCUGUCUCCACCCCCUACCACAUUUUUCCUCGUUAAUUGUGUUGGGGCAAAGAGGUGGGAGUGAGGGAAUAAAAGCAUUCCUGCAUAUCUGGAGGAAAGAAAACAGAUAAAGGAGGAAAGUGAAAGGGGAGGGGAACAGCGACCAGGGACUUGGACUGGCAGUGAAACGACGCUUCUCCGGCCCCCCUGUUCUGAUAAUAGUUAACUCGGGGUUAAAGAUUAAUACUCGGGCAAAGCACUGUAUAAAUGGCCUGGGCAAGCCGAAUGUAUGCGAGGUGCCUCCUGCUCUCCAGGCCGCCAAGCCACCCUCCCCCGGCCCCUGCUCAGCGGCAUGAGCGGCCCGCGGUGCGCACUGUGCCGCGGCUGGCUCCCGGCGCUGCUGCUGCUGCCGGCGCUGCUGCCGGCCGCCUGCCCCGCCCGCGCCACGCAGCCCGUGCUCUGCGCCCCCUGCACGCCGGAGAGGCUCGCUCUGUGCCCGCCCGUCCCGCCCGACUGCCCGGAGGCUGCCCGGCAGCCCGGCUGCGGCUGCUGUCAGACCUGCGCCCUCGGGCCGGGGCAGCCCUGUGGUGUCUACACCGCCCGUUGCCGCCUGGGACUCCGCUGCCGCAUCCCCGCAGGGGAGUCCCGGCCGCUCUCCGCCCUCAUCCAGGGCCACGGGACGUGCUUGCCCGCCAGCGAGGUCGGAGGGAUGCAUACAGAAGAGCCGGCAGAUUCUAUAGAACCUGAUGAUAUGCCUCUGGAAAGCACUGAAAUAACACAGGAUCAGCUGCUGAACUAUCAGUUGAUGUUUCCCAUAGGCCAGGAUAAAUCCAUUCCCUGGAAUUCUAUCACUGCAUAUGAAAACAUGAAAGCAAAGAGAAUAUCUGAACUUAAGAGAUGGAAAGAGCAGGGUCCUUGUCAGAAGGAGCUCUUCAGAGCCCUGUAUAAAUUGGUGAAGGCUCAGCAGAGAAGCAGAGGGGAGAUUUACAAAUUUUACUUGCCCAACUGCAACAAGAAUGGAUUUUACCACAGCAAACAGCAGCAACAUUCUGCCUUGAAGUUAUUUGCAUUUUCUAACACGUACAGGGUAAAAGCAAGAAGACAGUUUUUUUCAAUGGGAUUUUCUCUAAGGCUGGUAUAUAUGCUUCUACUUCUGCAAAAUCUAAACUGGAAGAAGUAAAUAAAAUGCAGAGUUUUAAGACUAAAGCUUGUUCUGAUGAACAACAAAUUUGUACUACUUGCCAUUUUACCAGAAAAUUUUCUUUUGGGCAAAAAAUGUUGUAACAUCUUCUCAAUCAAUAUAUUGCAUAAUGCAGACAAUCUCACGUGCUGGAACUUGGGACGCCAAACUGCUACUGAUAGGCUCACGGGCCCAUAGGCUCAAAGGAUGCUUUAGGUUGAAAGGAAUCUCUGGAAGUGACCUGGUACACCCCUCCCUGCUCAAGCAGGGCCACCAGGGAAUGAUUGCCUGGCACUGUGUCCAGAUGGCUUUUGAGUAUCUCUAAGGAUAGACUCCAAGAUACCAGGUCCACUGGACAUACCAAACGACUUCUUUUCUAAAGGCCUUGAACCUAUUUUGCAUGCUAGCAGAUGAAGCCAUUACUGGUACUGAUCACAGAAAUCUUGUCCUUGGAAUACUGCGGUAUCCUUUUUGGAUCUUAUUUUUGGAUCUCUCAGAAAAAAAAAAAAAAAAAAAAAAAAAAAAAAAAGUGGGAGUUGGGAAAGAAAAAAAGGAGUCCUUUGUAAUGAGGAAGCAAGCAUAUUCUUCUGGUAGGAAUCAAUAGAAUUGAAGGAUUUCUAAAGGCACAGCAGGACCACAGAGAAAACAGCUACAUAUAUAAACAUUUAAUUUUGUGUACUAAUUUGCUUUCGCCUCCAGGAAAACUGCUCAGUACUUUUCACACUUUAAAUAAAAUUCCUAUUGCUAAUACGUGAAAUCUCUGUGGAGCCAUCCUUGCUUACACAGUUUUAGAGUGACUAGAGAUAUACAAAGAUGAUUUCCCAAAUAGUUUGAAACGCCACUACUUAAAUUUAGGGUUCAGUUCAAUAAGGAAUUAGACUGUGUAGGGUUUCUAUGGAAUUUAGUCAAAAAAAGUUCAGACUGUACUAAAAAUGAAUUAAUUCCAUGGUUUUGGUAUUCAAUGAAGCCUCCUUCCUUCGUGCACAAAUAGCUAACACUAUGCCCUGAAAGGCAGGCAUGCCAGAGAGGUGGAAAAGGAUAUUCUGGGCUCCAAAAACUAUAGCAGAGUAGAUGUAUUAAAAAAGGGAACUUUCUCAGAGUUUGUAAGAUAAUAAAGCUCUCUGCUGGCAGCUUUAACUUGUAUUCUGGUCAAUUAUAAGGAUUUAUGCAGCUAUUUAUCACACAUGCUAAAAUAAAUACUUAUAAUAUUCAUCUGGGCUACAUAUGGUACCCAUGUACUAUCUGUACAGAUACAGUAGUUUUGUCUCUACAGUAGUUUUGUAGAGACAAAACAUGCUCAAGAAGAAAUCAGCAAGUUUCACAAUACAUAUUUUGAUCUUUUAUAAUGCCUUGCCAUGCAAAUACUUGAGGUGCAAAUAAUGUUAUAAUUUUUUUUCUGAGGCUUCUUAAUAUUAACUCAGAUCACCUUAAUUUUUUGAAAGAGCUUAUUAAAAACUAGGAAAAAACUGACUUUCACUUAAUAAAAUACUGAAGUUGAAGACAAUGAAGGCACCAAGACAUAAGGGAUUUUCGCAUUGGUUUAAUUUCUGUCAUCAAAUCCAAAGUUCUCCACUCACUGCAGCUCUUAGCAGGAAUAAUUUCUAACCUAUACCUGGAGGUAACUCGUCUUCCUCUGAACUGAUACUGACCCAUACAUUUACUUUGUGCGGCCCACAUUCUGCUGCUUAGGUGUGGACCACAAAUACAUAUGUUUGUUUGAAUUGCAGCCUUUAGCCAUGAGAAAAAUCUUUCAAUGACUUUCUUGUCUAUUGAAUCGGACCUUUGUCUUCACAGAAAUAGGAAUGCUAAAAAAAAUAGAAAAAAAGAAAAAGCCACCACUGAUUCUUUCAUGUUAAAAAAGUUAUCUCUUUGGAGACAGAUAAUAAUGUUAUUUUGCAUUUCAUACCAGUGUCAACUGACAGGGACAUGAGAUUGACAAUGGCAAGUAUCCAAUACUAGUGCAAGCAACUGUGCUUGUAAAAAAUAUUUAAAAGGCAACUUCUGAAAAGGAUGCAGCUUUAAAAGACAGGUGCAACUUCAUUUUUGGGGCUAUUUUUAAACACAGUUUCUCUUCUAAAGAUGUCUGUUGGAAGCAAAAUAAAACUGAUUUACAGACAUCUUUUUCUAUUUCCCCUUAUGGCUGUAUGUUUCCUCUGUUACAUAACUAG